UUUUCCCCUAAAGACCGAGCUCCCCUAAGUCGGCCAGUGUAAGCUCUGCCGCGCCGCGGCAAGCGCGUAUCGCGCCUGUAAACACGCUCGCACUAUAUAAAACAAAAAAAAACGAAAAGUCACCUCCAAACAUUAGCGGUACCCCAAAAUGGCGGAUGUUGGAAACACUUCCUUAGCUUCUGUUACAACGUGACAGUUUCUCCAUGACAAUAAAAGAAGAAUUAAUUAAACAAACCAGACUUUCCUCGCAACGGCGACAAUAACUUAGCUAUAAGGUUAAUAACAUAUUAAGUAAGUACCGAUCGAAUGCUGCAAGAUGUGUAUAGAUCUGAGUGAAAGCUUAGCUUGAAGAGUACGGUGACGUAAGGUAGAGCUAAGAUAGUGAAAGUGAACCGGCCGCCAAUAGUAAACCGUGCGCGUAUGAGCGCAGUCGUAUACGCGCGCCCUAAACAGAUUUAAAAAAAGAUAAGCAGCACCCGCAAAUAAGUUUAAAAAGGAAUUUUGCGCUUGCAACAUUAUUUAAAAAAGAAAAGAGACACGACGCUGGCUCUGCGGUUAAUUAAAAAAGUAGGAAAUUCGAAAAAGGAACGCCUUGCGGUCGCCUGCCGGCCGACGAAAUUAAAAAGGGAAACGUGAAGAGGUUUGCGCGUGAAAAGUAACCUACGUGUUCGGUGUUGUUCGUCGGGUCUCGAAGGCUGUAUAUUAUUAUACCCGUGAGUCCCGCCGCCCUCGACGAUCGUCCAAUGACGCGACGGGCGACGCCCCCGCGCGGCCCCGCGUCGGGUUUGCGUCUGGCGGUCUUGUUCCUGACAAUCCACGUCGAUUUGUCUACGGCCCGUAGGUCCGAGCCGUACUACGGUCGCCUGAUAGGCCGCCUCACUCAGUACGCGCACGGCAUACGAGGCACCGUGUACGCCGUGGACGAGAGUACUGUGUUCGUACGCGGGUUCGCGUACGACGGAACUGGACCCGACGCGUACUUCUGGGUCGGUGACACGCCCCAACCUUCGCCAGAGGGCAUCCUGGUGCCAUACCCUGAAGAUUACACUACCAGGGACCCACCCAUCUUGACUGCGCACUCCAGCUCUGACAUCCUACUGCGGCUGCCAGGCGGGAAACGUUUGCGGGACAUCAAGUGGAUUAGUGUAUGGUGCCGCCGCUUCACUGUAAACUUCGGGGACGUGUUCAUACCCCCAGGUCUAGACCCGCCCAGACCGCGAGUAUUGCCCGAGUUUAAGCGUCUCGCUCACGGGCUAAGGUCUGGGAACAUCAGCGUCUUGGAUGCCAAGACAUUCUACAUACCGAACUUGCAUUACGACGGAGCGGGACCAGAUGCCUACUUCUGGGUCGGCAAUGGUACGGAGCCCAGCCCAUUCGGGACCAAGGUACCAAACGAGAUGGGUUCGUUGAACCCCCUACGCGGCUACCAGGGAGAGGACAUAGAGAUCCAGCUGCCAGGUCGCCUCACCGCGUAUGACGUGGAGUGGCUCGCCGUCUGGUGCGUCGAGUACCGCCAUAACUUUGGCCAUGUCCUGAUACCGAGAGACCUUGAUGUGCCACCGGCCCUAGGACAGACCAAGAUCACGCCCCCCUGGUGGUACAAUCCCACAAGCUCCACGACGUCCCAAACCCCAUAUAGUGCUAACAAUAACUGUAAAGAGAUAUUAGACAAAAGGUUGCAGGUGCGGUGGGAAAUUCAGGGUGACCAAGUCCAGAUAACCCUGUCGGCUCGUCUGCGGAAAGACCAGUAUAUGGCGUUCGGAAUAUCAGGCGCUGAAGGGAGGCCGGCCAUGCUCGGAGCUGAUGUGGCGGUUGCCUUCUGGGAUUCUAAGUUGAAUCAGCCCAAGGUGUUUGACUACUUUAUCUCGCACCUGGCCCAGUGCGACGGCGUGAAGGGCGUCUGCCCCGACGCCAGGGUUGGCGGUUCCAACGACGUCGUGAUUGUGUCCGGCAACCAGAAGAACGGCAUAACUACUAUCACAUACCGCCGGCCGCUAGCCGCUCGGGAACAGUCCCGCGACCGACCGAUUGAACGCUCGCGUUCGCAGUCCGUGAUCGCGGCGUUUGGACCGCUCAACUCCCGCCUUGAGGCCAACGCGCACUCGUUUAUGGAUACCACCAGGACUGAUGUGCAGCUCGACUUCGGGGCUAUGAACGAUAACGCGUGCAUCGGCCUGGCGGAAACGGAUACGAGCGGCGUACGCGCGUGGGCAGCCCGCGUCAUGUCGGGAGUGACUAACUUCACGGCGCGCAUCGGGCCCGCUGGUGGCGCGCGUGGAUAUACACCGCAGACCGGUCACCCGUCCUGGGGUAUCGCGUGGUACAUCAAUGACCAGCUCAUUCCCGAAAUCUAUGUGGAGCGCGGCAAUACUUACACCUUCGUGGUCGAGGGAGGCGAUGACAGAACCAACCCUGCAAAGUUCCACCCGUUCUACAUCAGUGAUUCUUCGGAGGGUGGUUUUGGUCAGAAAAAGGAGGAGGAACAACGCAAGCAGCGCGUGUUCGCUGGAGUGGCCUACGACAACGAGGGAUACCCCUACCCUACCGCUGUGGGCAGAUACUGCGAAUGGACUCACAAGACGAUCGACCAGGCGGCCACAUCGGAGACGUUCGAGGAUUACAUGAAGACCUUACAAUUGGAGUGUAACGAUGGAGAGCCCGCACUACUCAAUUGGACCGUUGCGCACGAGACGCCAGACCUUGUCUACUACCAGUGCUACACCCACAACAACUUGGGGUGGAAGAUCCACGUAGUGGAGCCGGGCACGCGAGUUCCCCUGGGUGGGCUUCAAGCAGGCGGGGGAGUGAUAUCCACCACUGGGGGAAUUCUCACCAUACUGGCGGUGACUGCUCUCUCCGCGCUCAUCGCACACUGAUAGCCACUAAAUUAAACUCUGUAAUGUAACUGAUGCUGUUUCUAUAGUCUCUCUUACAUCCAUACUGAUACGUCUUCUGAUAUGAUCGCAAAAGAAUAGACAUAUCAGAUGUCGAUUUUAUUUGUACUCCAAGCACGAACUCUGAGAGCUCCGUUUUCGUAUCGCCAACGUCAAAUUUUCUAUGGAAAUUAAGCAGCGCUCCUACCGGACGUUAGCACAAACUAGCUUUUCCAUAGAAACUUUGACAUUGCCAUACAAAUACUUCCACGCUAGUUGUUCGUACUUUGGGUACAGUAUUCGAAGUUUUGGAAGUUUCCAAAAGUAAAAAAUAACAAAAUAAUUUCGGACUUACCCUAGGUUUUUUUACUGUAUGUUGCUACAAUGAAUAAAAUGCAUUUUAGAUACCUGCAGUAAGAGCGUAGACAGAAUGUCUUAAUUCUCAGCUUGUUAUAUUAAUUUGUAAGAGAGUUGCAUAAUUGAAAAACAAAAAAGGUCCCUAUUCUAAUAACGUGACCCAUUAUUAGAGACUAUAGAAACUGUAAAUGAAAGUUCCUUGGGAUAUUGAAAGAAUGAAAAUGUAUGUGUGAGACGAUGCAUUUUUAAAUUUACAGUUCACUACCUAAUUAUUGUUUUAAAUUUAUAUAUAUUUUAGAACAGGGUUUAUGUAUCGAGCCUUCACGAAACAGUACACAAUAAAGACAACGAUUUUACUGAGUAUUUGAAAGUUACAUAUAACUACGAAGUUUUAUUUUAUUACUGUAAAAAAACAUUGUUAUAUAAAAAUCAUCAUCUCACACAUGACGAGAUUGUGAUAAUACUGUUUGAAUGGGCAUCAGGAGCUCGCACCAUUCCUUCUAAACGUCUAAGAAAUUGGGUAAAUUAUGUCAAUCUACGUACAUAUUAACAAUUUCAUAUCAAUCAUUAUAAAGUGAAUUUUGUGCAACAAUUUACUACUAAGCUUUGAAGUUGAGUCUGUAGAUAACUAUAUUAUUACUAAUUGACAUUUUAUACAUUUACCCCCUUUCUUGGUAAAAAUAUUGUAUUGUGUUCUUCGCAACAAACAUUUUUAGAAAAGUAGACUAUUUAAAUUUUGAUGACAACAUCCAAUUACGAGCUUGUAAAAUAGACAUCUAUAUACAACAAUUAAUGGUAACUAUUUAUGUUUACUUCAUAUGACAAUAUUUAUACAAACCCUGUUUUUUAUAUUUACAUAGAAUUAGUAAUCAUAUUUAUUACUUUUUUAAAAGAUUUUAUAAAACUUUCUAGGAAAAUAUUUUUAAAGUUAGGGGGUAACUUUAGAUAAUAUUUAUGGAAUUGAUUCCAGAAUAUUUGGCUUAAAGGAUGUUUACCAUUGUGGUAAGUGUAAGAUAUUGUAAUAAUUAUUAUAAAAUUUUGCCACACUCGAAACGUCGACAAUAAAUUGGCAGUACUUUUAGCUGAGACAAUGUGUAAUUUAAGACUUAAUUUUUAAGGAUACUUACCUACAAAAUUAUACCAUGACGUGCUUGACAAUAAAUGGCAAUAGUAUAAUGGUAUAAUUUUAAACUAUUAAAAUUAAACGAGUUAAUAUCGUUUAAACCAAAAUAUAUACUUUACGUUGUUUGCUAUUAUGUUUGACGUGUUAGAAAGAGUAUAUAUAAAAAUAAUGAUAACUACGAGUAAAAUAGGCAAGGCAAAUAUUCUACUUUCUUAUUUAGAUUUACCUGUUUAAACUUUUGCAUUAAUCGCAUGCUUUGUGAAUGAAAUUUGAAAUUAAUGACAAUAAACGUGUAUUAAUGUAAUUUUUUGACUGUUUAUGUAAGAUAUCGAUUAAGUACGAAGUAGGUAUAACAACAUUAUGUGUGAGUUAAACUACGACAAUAAUCUUGUCUAUUUAAAUAAUUAUUGAUAUAAUGAUAAUCUUUAUUUAUUUUGUACAACAUAUUGAUACAAUUGGCUUUUGCCGGGAGUUGGGGAAUUUGUCUUUAAAAUUUAGGUACCUAUACUAACCCUUAAUUCCGUAAAAUAGGUACAUGUCAUAUAAAUUUAUUAAUACGUGGUCUGGUUACUAAAACAAAAAUAAAAAUCCAGCGGUAAUAUUUCAAAGUUAAAAGCUUACAAGCUUACAACACUUUUGUCACUGACUGUACCAUUUUUAUGUUAUAGUUUAAUGUUUUAUUUACCCUAAAAAUAUCAUGAUAUUCUUCCCGGUUUAUAUUAAGUCAGGAACCUAAUGAAUUAAAAAUAUUAUUUGCUAUACAGUUACUCCUACCUACUUCAGUUCUCCACACCUACCGCUAUACUUGGGUAUUAACUAAACAAUAUAUCACAAGCAAUGCAGCAUAGCAAGCUAUUUCAAAAGACUGAUAAAGAAGAAAAUUUUGAGUAGUACUCUAUAUAUAAAAAAGACGUGUAUAUUGUCAUUUCUUAACUCGAGUAGUUUUUGAGAUUCACAUAGGUCAAUGGCAUCAAUCUGUCAUUUUAUUACAAAAACCACACAAUUUUUCCAAUAAAUUAUUUAGUUUUCAUAAAUGUUACUAAUUUUUAUAACGUAGUAGGUACUUUUUUUUAUUAAAUUUUAUUACCAUGCGAAUAUUCGCUAGUCUAUGGAGGGACUUUAUUUAAAAUUAAAGUUGGUACUGCCAGUAGUAAAAGAAACUAUACAGUAGUUUUCAUAACUUUUUGAAUAUUUCCAUAAUCAAUAUGUUUUACCAACUGGUGACUCUGGUUGGAGACAUAUAAUAAAUUAGCUAAUAUAUAGACAAAGUUGGUCAAUUCUUGAAAAUAGAGUAAUGAAUAUUUUCCUGUAAUCAAUCAUUAGGUAUGUCAGUGUUUGCCAGCAAUAUGUGCAUGCCAAGUCUUUAAUUUGGCAAAGUACUUAGUGAAGAGAUGCGUUUGUUUUUAUUAAAAUGUUAUUACCUUUGAAAUGUGACAAUACGAUUGACUGUUCUUCUGAAUCUUUGACAAUAAUGUUAUUGUAAGUCUAUUUAAAAUUAUGGCUCCAAAAAAAAUAUAUUUAAUAAAGUAUAAAUUAGGCGAACUUCGUUUCGGAAACCUUUGUAAGUGCUAAGUUUUAAAUGAAAGUUGAUAAAUUAUAGAGUAAUUCAAACUAAUUUUACACUAUGUAGUUGUAGUUGUUGAUGCACAAAUUAUUAUGUUUAUUUAUAAGAAUUUUAUUAGUAGUUAAAGUUUAUUAAUUAUUAUAAAAAAUAUAGUAACAGUGUAGUACUAUAUACUACUUUAUACUGAGCAAUUACUAAAUAAAAAAUUAGAUAUAUCGGAAACCUAAAUGAAAUAAAAUGAAUGGAAUGUUUUGCGGCAACUAAGUAUGCAACAUUAUUAACUAGGUAUUUCAGUAAUGAAUAAUUAAUAUUUUUUUGUUAAAUGUUUAUGUAGAUAAAAGCUAAUGGGCCCAAUUCUGGCGUGCCAACUUAUAUCUAAAACUAACUAAAAUUAGAUAUAGAGUUGUCAAAUUCAAUUUGGUAUUCUGUAAUGACACUCUAUCUCUAAAUUUAAAAUUGACGUUGCUAAGUUAUUCAACUUAGAUUUAGAUGAUUAAAUGGUAUUCUGAAACGCGUUCUAAAUGUCAUAUUUUCUCUAAAAUUAGAAAUGUCACACUAAAUUUAAGAAGGACCUACGGAGGUCCUCUCUAAAUUUAAAUGUGAAUAAUUGAGGCCAAAUAUCACGUUAA